CUCACUGCGAACUACAAACCUCCGACGCCGGAAUGCCAUGGAUCUCGAAAGGCGGAACUCUCAUGACCUGAACGCAGCCCCUAUCACCGCACCCUCCAAUGAAGCAUCGAACGGCGUACCCCCGGCCGUCUUUCCUUUUCUCGGUGGCAUGCCUGGAGCUGCGAUGUUCGGACCUACGCCUGCUCCCUUUGCGGCAAUGGCACCUCCAAACAUGCUUGCAGCUCAAAUGGCCAAUCCAGUCGCAGCCAACUGGUCGCAACUCGCAGCAGGCGCUAACAUGAUGGCAGCCUGGAAUCCUCAGGCGAUGGCGGCCGCAUUUACCAUGGCGUCUCAGAUGAACGUUCCAGUGGGUGGGGCGAAGGAUGAAGAAAUCUUGGUGCGCGUGCUCCUGGGCUCCUACAGCAGUGGAAAAUCAUUCAAACAAGCGAUUGAAACCGAACUACAUGGUGUGAACCAUCACGCGGCGAACCUAUGGAAGGAUUACUUUCUCGACCACCAUGAUCACAUUUAUGCUCAGGUGUCGAAACUACGCGAAACCGCUUCCACUCCUCAGCUAGUGCACAAAGCUGCGACCGCGCGACGGCCGAUUUACCCGCCGGAGUCCCCUAUAUCCGACAAGCAUGGGCUGAAACACAAUGGGCCUCGCGGGUCUUACGCGAAAAGGAGCUUACCGCCUAAAAUUUCGGACAGCAUCUCCGUCGGGACGGCCAACCCUCAUACCAAGCAUAAGCACGAGAGUGUACAGAGCCCUGCGGAUGCCGCGUCAGCGCCAGUAAGGGCGGUGAAGAGGCCGCGCUUUUCAGACUCUCGCAGAUCGCCUAAAACCGCUAGGUCCCCCACACCUCCGGGACCGGAAACCUUCGUGUAUCAUACAAACGGAAAACAGCGAUACAGCGAAGCUGAUCAUGAGUUCUUCAUCAAAUGUAUAACCUUCGAACUCGAGCGCAAUCCACGUUUGAGCAAGACUGCUCUGUGCAGGAUACUUGCAAGAAAGGCCCCCCAUCAUCCUGACCAGGGAUGGAACUACUACUGGAACAACUGCGGGGACCUGCCCGAUACCAUCUUUUCGGCGGCUAAAGAUCGAAUACCUACCAUUCGUGCCCAUGGAAACGACGGCAAGUCCUCAGCAUCAGAAGACGAGUCCGAUGAAGCGGCUUCGACUGGCGACGAAGCCCGGUCGAGCUCAUCAACGGAUAGGGACGAACGGAAGAUGGGCCCCGCAGGGGGAGAAUUCACACAGGCUGACUUUCGCGUCAUCGCCCGAUAUCUUGCGAAGAUGCCUGAUUUACGCUCACGAAGUCAGGCUGAAAUCUGGAUACCGUUCCAUGAAAAGCACGAUCAACGUUCGUAUAAGUCCUGGGCCGAGUGUUACCGUCGAUACCGGGAGACAAUCGAUGCCUUGGUGGAAGAUUUCAGAGAGCGCUACGCUUCAGAGAACAGGGGCGGUCAAACUACGUAUGAUGAAUACCUGUCACGCAAGCGCAAACCGCUUUCGGACACGGCAUCGGAGGACGAGAUAGAUGGGCGUUUUUAGCAUGCAUGAAACUUCGACCCACAUGUUAUUGUUGCUAAUCUUAUAAGGCACAAUCUCGCCCUUCACUCUGUAGGAUGUGCGGCAAUGUGAUGUCAUGUUAGAGCAGCGAUAAAACCAUCUUGUACUUCGUGCAACCCAACCUGACAAAAACCAUGUUUCG